AUGGCCACCAACAUUACAUGGCACCCCUCACUCUCGCGCUCUGAGCGCAACCAGCUGCGCGGCCAGCGUGGUUUCACCCUCUGGCUGACGGGCCUCUCCGCCUCUGGCAAGUCUACAGUAGCUACCGCCCUAGAGCAGCACCUUCUGCACCUGGGAGUUGCCGCUUACCGUCUGGACGGUGAUAAUGUUCGCUUUGGUCUGAACAAGGAUCUUGGGUUCUCUGAGAAAGACCGCAACGAGAACAUCCGUCGCAUUGCUGAGGUUGCCAAACUGUUUGCUGAUUCUUCAACUGUCGCUAUUACCUCCUUUAUCUCGCCCUACCGCGCCGACCGCCAAGUAGCUCGCGAGCUGCAUAGUCAGACGAGCCAGAACAGUGACGACGCCAUUCCAUUCAUCGAGGUAUUUGUCGACGUGCCCCUCGAGGUUGCCGAGCAGCGUGACCCCAAGGGUCUAUACAAGAAGGCUAGGGCGGGAGAGAUCAAGGAUUUCACCGGCAUCUCGGCCCCCUAUGAGGCGCCUGAGAAGCCGGAAAUUGUCAUUAGGACCGACAAAUCGAGUGUCGAGGAGUGCGUGGCACAGAUUGCCGAUUGGCUGAUCAAGGAGGGUCUCAUUACUGCAAGUAAAACAACCUAA